AUGGAGACAAAUUCAAGUCAAAAAGUAUCCUGUGUGGUGAACUAUACAUAUGAUGCAUCUGAAGCAGAUGAGCUGACCAUAAGACCAGGUGAUGUCUUGAAGGAUAUAGAGCGGUUGCCUGGUGGCUGGUGGCGUGGCGAACUUCGAGGCAGGAGGGGCAUGUUUCCUGAUAAUUUUGUUACCGUACUACAAGAACAUGCAACUAAUAGGGCUAACACGGUGCAAGGGCGGUGCCGUGCUGUAUUCAGCUAUUUGCCUGCCAACCCUGAUGAGUUACCGCUCUGUGUUGGUGACGUGCUUGAAGUACUUGGAGAGGUAGAAGAAGGGUGGUGGCAGGGUCGUCGUGCGGGUCGCGUAGGGGUAUUCCCUUCCAACUUUGUGGUAAUGCUCGACCCUCACAACGCUGCCCAACAACCUGCCCCCGUCGAACCCGCGCCCGCCCUACCGCCCAAACCUGUAAAAGAACAAUGCCGAGUACUAUUUCCGUACACUGCCGUGAAUGAAGACGAGUUGACGUUAGCGGAUGGUGAUGUCGUUACGAUCGUGUCUAAGGACGCGCCGGAUCGCGGUUGGUGGCGUGGCGAAGUUAAUGGCCGCGUCGGACUGUUCCCUGAUAACUUUGUGCAACUAUUGCCUGCUGUUGCACAAGAUGUCGAAGAGAAGAAGCCAGACCGGCCACCGUCGAAGGGCUCCAAUUCAAUAUACCCAGUGCUCAAUAAGUACUCGGAGAAAACAUCGUCAAUCAAAGAACUCACCACAACUAAGCUAAGCAUGCACAAAGAAAACACGAUCAGUAAGGAGAGCAGCACACAAAGUACAGUCACGCACACAAGCAAAAGCGACUCAGAGAAGAUAAUACAUAGUGAAUCUGUCACCGACGGUCCGGAUGGACAGGUAAAGAAACCGCCAGUUCCGGUGAAGAAAAGCCCGACUCCAACAUCCGCGGUAACAGGACUGUUUAGUGGACUUAAGAAUAAAAUGAUGUCUUCUUCGGACAAGAGCGAGAAAACAUCAACUUCUAUAUCGAAUAGUAGCAACAGUAGUGUGGAAGGGGACAAACCGGAUGGUGCAUUGUCGAGUAAAGUUGCUAAUAAUAACACGUUUGAUCACGUUGAGAGGAAUUCGAUACUAAACGAUCCGAGAGCUAGCAGAGUUAAAGCACCGCGACGCAGGCCACCCAGCCAAGUAAUGAGAGACGAUUCGCCAGUCUCACUUGGUUUGACCAACGGACACGAAGCUUCUCCAGACAAGACAUUAGACAAAUCUUCAGACAGAUCGUCGGAUAAAUCGUUAGAUAAAUCUUCGGAAAUAAAGCCGCGUGCGCGUGAGUGGGAGAAACACAGAGCGCCUUGGAUGGCGGAAUUGAAAUUGAACCAAGCUAAAAAGGGUGGAUUAGGGGAUAGAAAACAGCAUACUAGUACAGAUAGAAUUGUUGACUGUGGUAUUGAAGAAAAGAGAUCGUCACACUCCAUGGAGAUGUCAAAGAGCACAUCGUCGAUUAGCAGUCGAAUAUCUGUUCUAGAGAGUUCUGAGUCUAGUUUCGAUAAAAUCAGAACCGCUGAGAAGAAGGAAAGUCCGCCACCAGAUCUGCCAACCACAAAGCCGCCACCAUUAACGUCUCCCACCGCUGCUGGUCGAACAUUAACUACGAUGCUCGACGAAAUCAAGAAACCUCCAGCGCCAUCUCCCCCCUUAGCAUCCGCAAGAUUGGAUCUGGACAAAUCAAUUGAUAAAUCGCUGGACGGGUCGCUCGAUAAGUCUGACAAGUCCUUAGAUAACUCAGACAAAGUAGAGUUAAGGGAAAAGUCGGAGUUGAAAACGGAGAGAUUGGAGACUAUCAGCAGGUUUUCCAGCGUUUUUAAUGAAGUCGAAGAGAAAGGGAUUAGUUUUAGUUCAAGCAUACUUAGUUCGAGUGGCAUCAGCCCCAGCGCGGAGCGAACUAGCACUUUGGAAAGGAGACACACACGAACACAGGAGCAUGAAGGAAACGAUGCGUUGAUCGCUCAACUUAAUAACAGGAUAUCGAACUUAGAGAAGCUAAUAGAAGUACAAAACGCCAAAUUCACGGCAGCCAUUGAGGAACUCACAAACAAACUAUCUCUUGAAACGGAAAAGAGACAAACGCUUCAGUCUGAAAUGGAGAAACUGGCGCAGUGCGUCACCCAGGUCUAG